AUGGCCACCGAGAACAUAGAUAAACUUCGUUCAGAACUCUUUGAGCAAGGCCUCCGGAAUCGGCGUGAGGUGGUUGGAGAGAAUUAUGUCGAAAAUGCACUGCGCAAUGGAUCCAGCGAGUUCGCUUAUGCGCAACAGGAGCUCAUCACAGAAUGGGCUUGGGGAAAUAUAUGGUCAAGACCCGGCCUUGAACGCAAGCAGCGAAGCCUUCUGAACAUUGGUAUGCUCAUUGCACUGAAGAGUUGGGCUGAGUUUGGAGUCCAUAUCCGGGGCGCAAUUAGGAAUGGUCUCACUGAGAUUGAGAUCAGAGAGGCAAUCCUGCAGGCAACUGUCUAUUGUGGUGCUCCAGCUGGAGUUCAGGCAAUGAAAGUGGCGGACGAGACAAUUAAGGAUAUGAUUGAAAAGGGGGAGCACAAGAGGCAAAUGGCAGAGAUUUCUCCCAACUACAAAAAAUGA